AUGAAGCGAGCAAGCAUAUCUAUUCCCCCAUUCCCCAAUCACCGUCAAUUUGGAGACAACCACCAAGAAACCAUAACAGUCAAAGAGUGCGUGUCCCAUCUGAAACUCCUCGCAGCAAUUGCCAAACUGCGACACGACAUCAGCACCAGCGACAGACUUUUCGGGAUCAAUGACAGCGAGGCUUGUGAAUUUUCAGGAGAAAAGAGAAAUCUCGCCAGGGCCAGGAUCAGGGAGAAGAGGUGGGCAGUUUAUGUGUCUAAAGCGGUGGAUAGAUUUAUGGCCUGGUGGGAGAGUUGCGUGCCUGUUAGUGAAGGGACGGCGGAGAUUUCUUGGACGGUUGAUACAUUACCACCACUUGAUGUACUCAUGGUAUGGCAUUCGUACAUGCUCCACCCCCGAUCCCUUCUCGCGGACUGCAUGCGGUUAUCCAAAAUGGGAUUCUGGACUUCAGGACUACCCUGGGAAGCUGUAGAAUCAUGCAUCGAAGAGAAAACAUACCGCUACUACCUAGGAGACAAGGCAAUCCGGCACUUCGAGGCCAAAACGGGCCAUUCAUGGGAUAACCUCGAAGGCCCUCCUUCAAAGAUACUAACGUGUCUACGGUGCAAAGGAAAGCUUGAUGCGCCAUGGACAACCGCGACGAGUAUUGGUUGCGAUCCUGAUGUCGCCUUUGCCCAUUGUACUGGAUUCGCAGACAAGUCGUUCCGGGUUCAAUGUCCGGCGUGCAAGUUUAGUAUCACGCAUGCCAACCUUCAAGUAUCUUAUUUCCGGCACGAUAUGAAAGCUUUGUUAAAAGAUGGGACUCCCAUGCCAGGCACGCUGCUCAGCUUGCGUGGUACUCCUGCAGAAAAGAGUAACCGGGAUAGUUCGUUCCCCAAUCGGCUUAUUACGAAUGGAAUCAAAGUUGAGCUGCUGCAAUUAACAGACCCCGCGGGGAGAGGGGACAACAGCAUUGAAAGUAUCCGCAAUCUAUUAGAACGGUCGUUGAAAAACCGCCGCUUGCUGCGCCAGGUGAACGAGACGGUUCUACCCACAGACCUUAGUAGCGCUGAGGGUAUUUCUAUCCGCCGGAUGAUGUCGAGUUACUGGGAUAACGCAUCACCGUUUUCGUUGGACUUAGUUGGGGCGGUUAUCAGACAAGGAGCGUUCAUCGAACAGAUGGAGCAGCUCAACUGGAUCCAGUCUCCAAGUCUUUUAUCGAUCUUAGCAAACCUUAUCGAGAAAUACGGCGUAUUUUGGGACAUCAUGGUCAAAAACCCAGACCAUGUUGUCGUCCCAACAUUGGAUGUUGAUCUCGCCUGGCAUACUCAUCAGCUAUCACCAGCUCGCUACUACGCAUUCUCGACGAAUCGAAUCAAGAACACCUUGGUCAACCACGAUGACAAGGUCGACGAGAACAAAAUAUCUGAUGCCUUUGAAUGGACGUCGAAGCAAUAUGAAAAGUUGACUGGCGGAAAGAUCUACAGCGAAUGUACCUGUUGGUACUGUGAAGCCGUCCGAGAAUCCCAAUUUCAAAGCUUGUCGUCUCUCACGUCGAUAUCAUCUUCCUUGGCGGCACGGGCAAAUGCUUCGAGCCUUGGUACUGAUGUUCAAGGUGACACGAAACCUCAUAUUUCCUCCCACAAUUCAGUCCACACUUUAGGCCAAGCCUCACCCCGUGCCUCAGAGAUAAAAGCAGACAAGCUAAAAAAGAACUGGGAGAAUGCAAGAAAACGGAACCAAAAAACAUCUCGCAGGCUGAGCAGAGAGCCGGCAAGUCAAGAGGUUGAAAUCCCAUCCCAGGUCCGCAUUUGGGGUGUCCUCUGCGAUGCACCACAAUAUGGCUCCUACAUGCGCGACCCGGGGGUUCAUGGGGACAUCUACCCGUUUGAUCCCUUAUACAUGAAUGUAGCACCAGGUGCGCCGGGGAACUGCGUUGCGGGGAUAGGCCGAGAGAGCGUUGGGCGAGGUGGAUGCGUGUCUGCGGCGACGAGGGAUGAAGCGCCUGGGAAGUAUCGCGGUGGCCGACCAGGCUUUUGUCAAGGCUUGGGCGGUAUGGAUUCAGGUGGAGGGGGGAUGUUCUGA